CUCCUCCUCCCUCUCUGAAACCCUAAAAAAGCUAAAAAAAAGGCGCGAAAAUACCCAACUUAGGGUUUCAGAUAGAAUAAUUUUGAGCAGGAGGGGGUCGAUCUGAUCAUGUCAAAUAUGAAAGGGGUGGCCAACUUCAGGAACCAGGCUUCCGCGGGGAAACAAUCUUUCCUUCCCCCAAAAUGUCCAUUUCCAAGUGUUUCUCCAUCUUAUGGUGACUAUGACCAUCAGCGUACUUCUUCCGAGAGUUUUCUCAUUGAGGAGCAACCUUCUUGGUUGGAUGAUCUCCUUAAUGAGCCAGAGACACCGGUGAAGAGAGGAGCUCAUCGCCGAUCAUCGAGUGACUCAUUUGCUUACCUGGAUGCCAAUUCUAUGUAUUCUGGUGUAGAUAGUUUAGCUAAGGAAGAGUAUAGGCACAGGAGUGGUGGGUCAAUGCCUCAAUGGGGAGGUCAGAAAUUUGAGCAACCGAAAGAUGGCCAGAGCGAGACCAAUGCAUUUGCAAGGCCUCAAGUUAGAGGAUGGGACUCGGGUAUGCAGAUGGUUAACUACCAGAGAAGUGCUCCGUCACCAAAGGACAAGGGCAUUCAUGUAAGGUCUUUACCUGGAUCGAGGGAGACUGAAAAUGUGGUCUCUGCAGCUGUUGAAAAGCAGGACCAAGAGUCUAAUCAAGACCUUAGAGGUGCCUCGGAAAGAAGGGAAGGUUCUUAUGCGAAGCAAUCUCAAUCAGAGACAGAUACAAAGCGGGUUAAACAACAAUUUGCACAGCGGUCACGUGUACGUAAGCUUCAGUACAUUGCUGAACUGGAGAGAAAUGUUCAAGCCUUACAGGCAGAAGGGAUGGAGGUUUCAGCUGAACUGGAAUUUGUGGAUCAGCAGAAUCUUAUAUUGAACAUGGAGAAUCAAACUCUGAAGCAACGACUUGACAGUCUAUCACAGGAACAUCUCAUUAAAAAGCUCCAGCAAGAGAUGUUGGAAAGGGAAAUUGCUCGUCUUCGAUUAUUAAUUCAGCAACAGCAACAACCAUCACAGCCUGCUCCUACUCAUAAUCGUAGUAAAAGCCGAGAUCUUGAAUCACAAUUCAACAAUCUCUCCUUGAAGCACAAAGAGGCAAAUUCUGGAAGAGACCCAGUAACUGGCCCUCUUCAUUCUUAAAAGAGUUUUUCUUUAUCCUAUUCUCUGCCCUGACUGGGCAUCUCAGUAUUGUGUUGCUCCCCUCAGCCCCAUCUCUAAGUGUGGCUUUCAAGACGUUGGUUGGAGAAAUUAGCUAGAAGUAUUCUUAGCAAACUCAUCUAAGAUGAAUAAUAAUAUCAGGAGCUAAUUCUUGCUUUCCUUUUAUUCUUCCUCUUGUUUGAAGAUGUGCACCUGGCGGUCAUAUUUGGCUCAUGGCUAUUUGUUGAUGCUCGACUCGUCAGAGGUGUUAGGUUUUCCUUGUAGUAUCGAUUUCUUUCUACGUAUCUGUAUUUGUAUGACUUGAUAUUUCUUAAAUCUAUUACUUUGCUCUGUUCUCCAUUUGACUUUUCUAAAAUUAGUCUUGCUCA